CUCAGAUGAAUUUGGGGAUUAUCUUAAGUUACUUCGAUGCUAAGUUUCACGGGAACUCCGUGGAUAUAAGAGCCUGUUUCUUUUGUUAGGUACCAGUUUGUGCCACAGAUGAUCUUUCUCAACUGUCUCUUUGGUUAUUUGGCGCUCCUCAUUGUUGUCAAGUGGUGUACAGGAUCGAAAGCUGAUCUUUAUCAUGUGAUGAUUUAUAUGUUCUUGAGCCCCACUGAAAAUCUUGGUGAUAAUCAGUUGUUUUGGGGUCAGAAAAUUUUGCAGAUCUUGCUAUUGCUUAUGGCUAUUGUUGCGGUUCCUUGGAUGUUAUUUCCGAAGCCUUUUAUCUUAAGAAAGCUCCAUAUGGAGAGAUUCCAAGGUCGCACUUAUGGCAUCCUUCGAACCUCGGAUGCCGAUCUCGAUGUUGAACUUGAGUCCGCACAAAACCAUCACAAUGAUUUCAAUUUCAGCGAAAUAUUUGUGCAUCAGAUGAUUCAUUCAAUUGAAUUUGUUCUGGGAGCGGUCUCAAAUACGGCAUCUUAUCUUAGGCUUUGGGCUCUAAGCUUGGCACACUCAGAGCUAUCAACUGUUUUCUUUGAGAAAAUACUGCUUCUUGCUUGGGGGUACAACAGCAUCGUAAUUCGUCUCGUCGGACUUGCUGUCUUCGCAUUUGCAACAGCAUUCAUAUUGCUCAUGAUGGAAACAUUGAGCGCGUUCCUCCAUGCUCUUCGUCUUCACUGGGUUGAAUUUAUGAACAAGUUCUACCAUGGUGAUGGCUAUAAAUUUAAGCCAUUUUCAUUCUCCUCGUUGGCCAAUGAGGAAGAAUGACCAAUGACUCCUCUGCUACAGCCUUUGAUUCUUACUGGUAAAUCCUACAGAAAAGAGAGAAUUACAAAAAGUAAAAGGUAAAUAAGCUGCAAAAGGAACAUAUAUGCAUCAUCUCUACUUUAGAAAAUACGAACCUUGUUUCGAGAUUUUCGCCGUAGGAACGAAACUUAGCUGCUGGAAGAGAUUAUUUGUACAUUUAUAGGCCCGGAAAUCGCCAUUUUGACAGAGGAUGGAUUUCGUAUUCAGGUUAUUUUCUGUAUCUUCUAGGAAAGGUUUAUCUUAACACCAAUAGCAAUAUUGAACUCUCCAAUUUUUAGUCUCUCUUUCUUUUUUCAUUCCUCUCCUUAUGAUUGAUUGACCUAUUCUCUUAGUGGAACCUUUUUUUUUCUUUUUAAUUUAUACAGUCUCAUGUUGCCAUUUUAUU